AUGAAGAACACAAUAACUAUUGACAAUUCAUCCCAUUCACGAGUCUCUCCCAUUACGCCGGUCAUCUUUGAAUUCGCUUCACAACCAAAUCCCCUUGUACUUCCACCAAAAGGAAGUAAGGGUGCUGCUUUGAUCCCGUCUUCUAUUUUCCCCUGGUUGCCCCGAGCUGCGACACGAGGUGCGCAGCUCAUCGCCACGACGUCUUCACCAAAGCGACGAAAAGUUUCCCCAGAGCCUCGCACCAGUCCAGGCCUUCGGGCUCGACGUCACGGCCGCUCCGAACUUCCACAGUCUCGCUACACAUCUUCCUCUUCUUCCCGCGGCCAGAGUUCGUCGUUGUCUCCGCCUCGCUACGUGCCUGCGCAUCUGCAGUUUCAGUCUGGAAGCUCGCCUGGCCGCUCACUCACCCCCGCGACCGCGACCGCCGGACUCACCCUCUCCAGCGACCAUUCCGAUAUGCCAUCCGAUACUCGAGAGGGUACACCUCCGACUCAUGGACGAUCUCCUUCUCCCGGUGAGAAGCGCCCUGCAUCCGAGAUUACUGACUCUGACCCUGAAGGAGGUGUGAGCACUGCUUUCAGUAAUGCGCGCACAUACAUUAUUCCCCGCACAUGCGAUGGCACAAAUGACGAAUCCACAUAUCCUACUACUUCGACCAAUGACAACACCGAAUUGGCAUACUCAGCCAGCGAGCUGUCCAGACCAGCGUCGCCAAAAUCAGGCGAUAUUCCCACAAUCGACGAGCAGGUCACGGAGGUGAAUGCGUUGAUGAAGGCGCCGUUGAAAGAUGGACAAAAGGGCUUUGUGGUUUCAAUGGCUUGGCUGAAGAAGGUGCUUGCACGUACUACAGCGCAUGCGGAUCACGCCGACAAAGGAUCAUUGGAGGGCGAUGUUGGUCCCGUCAAUAACUUGAACAUAAUGCUCGACACCGACCCUGCCACACCCAGCUUCAAAGACGAAACCGGUGAAAUAUUUGUGCCGAUGCGGCCCGGUUUGCAUGACGCUCUAGAUUUUGCGAUAAUUCCGCAACAUGGCUGGGACCUGAUCCAGAAGUGGUAUGGCCUCGCUGACCAGUCACCUGUGAUCAUUCGCUAUGCCCACAACACCAGUCAACCCGGUGAUACUGAAAACAUCGAAUAUGAGACUUAUCCUCCGAUAUUCACCAUUUUCAAAUUGGCUAACCCCGCCGCGGGUACCACCCCGACCAUCCUGCGACAAGCUACCAAGCCGUCUGUGAAGCUCUUGGCCAGUCGCCAGACGAAUUACCAGAAAUGGUUGAAGGAUGCCAAAGAGCAGAGUGGCAUUGAUAUGUCGACCAAGGUCCGAGUCUGGAAAAUUCUCCAGCUUCCUCUUAGUACCACUGCAUCGGCAUCAGCGACUCCUGCUCCCUCCCGUAGCCAAUCGCCUGCUCCUCCAUUGGCUUUGAUCUCGAACCCAAAUGACAAGCUCCUUUUCGAUUUGAAUGCUUUCCUCGAACUUCCAGAGGGAAGCCAUCGAGUGUUGCUUGAUAAUGUGAAGGAUCAAACCCAAAAUUUAAACUACAACGGUCGUAUGACCUUGGAUAUGGCUGGUCUCAGCGUGGCGAAUUGUGUCAUUCUUGAGGAACAGAUUGGGGGCUCUAAAGGAGGAGAAUGGGUUUCUGAAGCCUCUGCCAAAACUCUCAAGAGUCUGGGUAUCCCCGUGGAACAGCCGAAGAACGAUAUCACUGCUAAGGCAUCUGCUGCCAAAGCUGCACUGAAGAGCACACAAUUGCCGCAGCCCAGCGGCAGAUCCACACCUUCCCAGGGACCCGAUCCAAUUAGGGGGCUCAUCUCUCGAGGUCGGAAGGGUCGACAGCUUAUCGUAGGAUUGCAAAACCUUGGCAACACUUGUUACAUGAACUCCGCGUUGCAAUGUGUGCGAAGCAUUGAGGAGUUGUCUUAUUACUUCCUUAGUGGAAUGUACAAACCAGAGCUAAACCCCACCAACGUUCUAGGAUGUGGCGGUGUCAUUGCUAAGCAAUGGGCCAACUUACUUCAGGACCUCUACAAAUCGGACCCUCAGCCGAGAUCUGUCAACCCCUAUAGGUUUCGUGCUGCCGCUGGUCGGCAACGUGAAGAUUUUGCUGGCUACGAGCAGCAUGACAGCCAGGAAUUUGUGAUGUUCCUCCUUGAUGCACUGUCGGAAGAUCUAAGCCGCAUCGUUGGCAGCAAGCCAUCGACUAUCAUACCUGAUUCCACUGAUGAGAUGAUCCACAAUCGCAAGGCUCUUGAGGAUUUCGGAAAGAAGUGUUGGGAUCUUUACGAGGCUCGCAACGCCUCUAUCAUCACCGAUUUAUUUGCUGGAAUGUACAAGUCAACAUUGAUUUGCCACAAUUGUGAAAAGACCAGCAUCAUCAUGGACCCUUUCACAAUGGUCACUGUGCCUAUCCCAACGGGCCCAACGCUCAUCAAUCGAACGAUUAUCUUUUACCCUCUCGAUGGCCCACCCGUGUCCCUGAAAGUUCGACUCGAUGAAAACGAUACUCUGAAAGUCUGGAAGGACUUUGUCGCCCAAAAAAUGGGAAUCGACGGGGAACGAAUCAUUGCAGCAGAAACAUUGCACCACUCCUUUUGGCAAAUGUUUUCCGACGAUGAGGAGACUUUCGGCAGUUUACGCAUUUCCCAAGAAGACACCAUUGUGUUCUUUGAUCUUGGUCCUCUUCCUGCAUCCACCGAUUCUCCUGACUCUCCCUCCGAUGAGAAUACAGUCAUUGUGCCCAUCUUCCACCGCAAACUUCUUCCGCGUAAGAACAAAGAGGCCAGUCGUGAACUUUUCGGAUUCCCAUCCUUCAUACGUCUUUCUAGCAAGGAGGCUCAAGAUCUUGAGGCGAUUUACCGCAAGCUCCUGGCCCAGGCCAAUAAUAUGACUACACGCGAUAUCCUGACUGCUGAGGAAAACAGCAAUGACGAAAAUACAGCUGAUGACUCUGACACUGUGGUCACAAACGAGGAUGAUGCACGAUCAGCAGAUUCUCAAAUCAGAACAUCUUCUGUCGACGGCGAAGACAGCAUCAUUGACAUUUCCAUGCAAACCGAGCAAGUUAAGAAGCCUGCAGAUGGCUCUGAUGAGUCGGACUCUGAAUCUGAAUCUGCCAAGUCUCCUCAGCAUCCUCUUGCCGGAAAGAUUGCUGCCAGUUUGUUGUCACUUUUCGAUGCAAAAGUCAUGAGUACAAAUGCCACUCUGCCUGAUGGACGCAAUAUUUUCCCACUCAAGAAAUUCCCCCUCCUUUCCUCUCGCAUUCCAUCUCCUCCUACUUUUACGAAGGGGUCCGACACUUCAUCCCAAAGCUCUGCAGAUGAUAGCAGUGACGAUGAUGUUGAAGCAGAUAAUCCAGAUCUCACACCAAACUCAACACCAUCCCUCCUUCACCAAGGUGAUGCUAUCCUGCUUGACUGGGCCCCCGAUGCUGUUGAUUCUCUUUUCGGCGGCAAGCCACGUGACCCCGAGGAGCUCCGAGGUCGCCCUACGUACCUGAGCAUCAAGAAUGUAUUUGACCACUCCAUGGUGGUAAGCCAGAAAAAGCCCAAGCAAUCAAAUGUCUCUCUCGAUCAAUGUCUGGACGAGUUCAGCAAAGAGGAAAUUCUUUCGCGGGCAGAUAGCUGGUUCUGUCCCCAGUGCAAGACCCACGUUUCGGCCACCAAGAAGUUUGAGCUGUGGAGAACCCCGGAUAUUAUGGUCGUCCAACUCAAGCGGUUUAGCCAAUUCCGCGGCAGGCACGGACACAAGAUCAGCACUCUCAUCGACUUCCCCUUCGAAGGGCUGGAUUUGAGCAGCCGAGUCGAAGGCCCAACGGAUGGAAAGAGUACGGUGUACGAUUUGAUUGCUGUCGACAACCACAUGGGUGGAAUGGGUGGUGGUCACUACACUGCCUAUAUUAAGGACUUUGUGUCGGGCGCCUGGGUCUAUUGCAACGAUACCUCUGCUAAGACUGUCACAAAUAUGCAGUCCAUCAUCACGGCGGGUGCUUACCUCCUGUUCUACCGCCGUCGCUCUGAUCGUGCAUUGGGCAACCAGGAGCUGCGGGAGCUGGUUGAAGGCUACCGGAACGAAUCGGAGAGUGUUUCUGGCAGUUCAUCCAGCUCACACAGCCCCGGUGGUUCCCAAUCACCUUCAGAAGACGGUGGUCGUGUCCUUGGCGGCGCAUCCCGCAAGGGAUCAUCUGCCUUGGCCGGGGCGGGGGUGGCACCCCGAGUGAGCCGGGGGCAAGACUCCCUUGGCAAUGACCUGUACUCUUCCGCCGAGGAGAGUACUUCGGGCUCGGAAGAUGAGAGCAGCGAAGGUAAGAAAUUCGGCCUCGAGCACGAAAACGGAGGAUCGCAGGUCGACUCCUUCAGCAAGCUCACGGAACCCUCUUGGUCGUUCGACGCCGCUCACGACAUCUCACAGAUUUCCAGUGGUAAUGCUCCCACUGAAGAUGGCAUCUUCGAGGGUCAAUGUCCAUGGGGUGAUGGCAUGGACAUUGACCCUCCGUUUCAGUUCGGUCUCACCUCUGGGGGUGAGGGGGAUGAUUCCUCCGAUGAUCUCCCCGUCGUGGAGCUACGUGUGGGGUCCGAGGACAUCAUUUCCUCGGACAUAUGA